UCCGUCGCGCACGCUUGCGUCGUUGCGAUCGCGAGCUUUCGGCGCGCAAUAUCAACUGUGAAAGGAAAACAUUAUUAGUAUGUGUUAAGUGGUCUACUCGACAACAAUAUGAAGGGUAGACACCAAUUUCGUCGUAGGUUCAGUCUGCAGCCUUCGUUUAUGAAGGAAGAUCACGAGGAAGAACGGAGGCCCCACAGGACUGAAAAAACAGAAGAUACCGUAUCGAGCAGUGGUAAUCUGACCAACAAUGCUGUGAGGCAUAAAAUAGUUGUUCUAGGGGCUGCCAAAGUCGGGAAAUCGUCUCUUAUCACGCAGUUCCUUUAUAACACAUUUUCUCCUAAAUACAAAAGGACUAUAGAAGAAAUGCAUCACGGGGACUUCAAUGUUUCGGGAGUGAGACUAACAUUGGAUAUUCUAGAUACUUCUGGGGCUUACGAAUUUCCGGCGAUGCGCGCUCUUUCAAUGCAAUCUGCUGAUGCUUUUAUCUUAGUUUACGAUAUCACUGAUGCAGACAGUUUCACAGAAGUGAGGAUGCUGAGAGACCAAAUUCAUGAGACUAAGGAAAGCACAGCCGUACCUAUAGUAGUUGUCGGAAAUAAAGUGGAUUUAGCAGAAACCGGAGCUCGUCAGGUCGAGUUCCAUACCACAGAGUCGGUAGUAACCGUUGACUGGGAGAACGGCUUCGUCGAAGCGUCCGCGAAGGAAAACAUCAAUGUCUCGCAGAUUUUCAAGGAAUUAUUGGUCCAAGCUAAGGUUAAGUACAAUUUGUCCCCUGCGCUGCGACGGCGCCGACGGCAGUCUCUGCCGACUGGACCUCAAGGGCCCCCAGGGUCAAGUCCGACUCCCCCAGCCAACCAGGCCCACGUCCCGUCCCCAGCACAACUUGCACACCUCCAACAAAUCAGAGAACGACACAAUAGCAAACGUAAUUCGUGCAUUAUCUCUUAAAGGUCAUAUUUCGUAUGCUAAUAUAACAAUCUACAUAAGUGAAUACUUACUUCCAAAGAUGUUAACUGUACAAAACAAAAUACGAUAAAUAGUUAUGGUUAUCAAAAACCUGCUAUCCAGUAAUUCUACAUACUUACAAAAUUGUCAUGUCAUUGUCUUACAAAUGUGACAAAAUUUUCAUUGCUUGUAUUUAUAACUAUUUGACAACAUGAUAAGAACAGAUAAAAAUCGGCUUUUGUUUUUAAAUUGGUUUCCACAAUUAGGAUCAAUUCUUAUUUGUAGUCGUAAACAUUGUUCAAUUAUUUAUUUUAAUCGUUCCGAACCUACUUUCAAUACAAAUAAGUAGUUAGUACACUGUAUUGUAAAAUUGUUUUGUAACUCAAAUUUUGAAUAAUUCAUAAACAUCAAACGUACCAUGUGCGGCAAAUUGACGUGGGAGUGUGGCAAUAAACAUCAAUUAAUUGUGCGUCUUGAAUUACUACAAUGACGUUCGUGUAUCAUCUCAAACAUUUUUCAUCUCCGAAAUGUGUAAUAACUGGAGCGAACAUAACGAGAUUUUUAUCUGUAGACGUAAAAUGAAGCUAAGCUCAUCUUCUUAUUUACAAUAAUAAAAUUAUAAGGCUUCUCACGGGAUAUUCUCCAAUCCUUAAUUAAGAUUUCCUAACCUCUUGAUAAAUUUCUAUAAAAUUGAAUAACGCCAAGUACUUAUAAAUAUUUAGGUGUAUUUUAAUGUUCCAUUUCAAGACAUGUAGGACAAAGUGAUAUCUUUAGAAUGAUUGUUCUUAUUGCGACUGGUUUAAAGUAAGUUUGUAAUUUUAACUUUUAUAUAUAUGUAAGUGUCUGUUACAAUCGCAAUGAAUGUUAGAGACACAUAGCCCCGUAAUAUUGACUGAGGAUAAAUUAUUUGUCUGUACACAUAUUUCUGAUAAAUUCUCCUAUCUUAAGUAUGUGGUAGAAAAUAAAGUAUUUAGCCAAUUUUUACUACGAGUCUGUUCUAUAAAAAAAUAUCAUUUUACCUUAUAAUAAUAUAAUAUCGUUUAUAUGCGAUUGAGGUAAAUCGGGUAUACGAAUCAGGUUGAUAUUUUAUCAUAUUCAAAGAUGACUAAAUCAUGUAAAAGUGAGAAAGAAAAAAAUGUGAAAAUAAAUAAUCUUCACAUCCUGUUAAUAUCCGUAUGAGAACACCAAAAAAUUUAUAUAACAACAUUAUAGAGAUGACCUUUCGUAACUUCGGUCAUAUGAAUGUAAUAUAGAAGAACUAUUAAGUAAGUGAUUUAAUAUAUAUUUAUUGAAGUAGUUCUUAUCCUACAGGGGUAAGAUAUGGGCAAUUGGGCAUGUCUACCCUGAAUAUAAUAUUUUGUGUGGGAUUAAUGACAUUUUGUAUUUCAAUGUAAUUACUGUAUAAUUUACUUAAAUUUAAUCAACUUAAUCAAGUUUCUAUUUGUGUUAUGAGUUACAGUUAGAUACAGUUUAUCUUCACGAUCAAAUCACAAACAUAAAACGUGACGGAAACAAAUACAUAGCAAAUUAUAUUUUCAUUAUAACAUUGGUACAAUUGAGGUAUUAUUUUAAUCCAUUGUAUAUCGGACGUUUAAAAUUAUGAAUGUGCCUUUUUUGUAAAGUAUAUAUGUAUUCAUAAUCUGUUUAGUUCAGUAGCAUAUAGUUUUUGUACCUCACACGCCCUUCAAACCAGCCCUACUUAAUAUAACAAUAGAUAGGUUUGUUUCCUAUAUGUUUAUGACUAGGUAUUGAAUGUUAGUAUUUAGACUUAGAUAUGAUAUGUUAUAAUUUCGGUGAUAGUUUCGAAAACGUAGUCUUCUUUAAUAAAUAUUAUUGUGAUGUAAAUUAACGUAUGUCUUUGUCCACAAAGAUUUCUUAUAAAAAUAUGUAUAUCGUUUACAAAAUACAAUUAAACAUACUUAAUGAGUAAUUUAUAUACCUAAUGUUUAUAUUUUAUAUGUAAUAUUUUAUUUGUGAACUGAAAUUUAUGGAAAAUGGGCACAGAUGGAUUUGAAAUGAGUAGAGUACCUAUACAUAUAUUCGUUCUCUUGUACUUAGAUUAAAAUGGAAUUAAUAUACCAAUUACAUCAAUGAACUUAAUUUAAUGUGUUACGGCCAAUUGGAUA